CAGGUACGGAAUUGUCUGGGAUCCUGUUGGACUCCAGGAAAAGAGUUUCUGAAGAUGUAUUCCGCCAGAUAUGAAUACGACGGACGCAAUGACAACCAUGAGCGGAUCGACUUCUUAACCAGCAAAGAGAAAACAUCAAAGAGGAAGGUUGGCAUCACGGUCGGGGUUCUUGUGGCGCUACUCAUCCUUGCGGCUGUUGCAGCGUUCCUCAUCUGGCUGUUUGUCUUUAAAGAUGCUAAUUCAGAAGCCACCAUCAGUAAGAAGCUCAUCCCAUCAAUACAGGUGUACAGUGGCCAUAUGAAGCUGGCUAAUGUGCCAUAUAAUCAGAAGCUGGAGGACACCAACAGCAAGGAUUUCAAGGAUUUGGCAGAGGACCUGCAGGCAACACUGCAGGACAUCUUCAAGACAGAUUCAUUCCUCGAAAAAUACUACAGCAAGUCUGUCAUCACUGCAUUCAGUGAGGGUGUGAUUGCCUACUAUUGGUCUCAGUUUGAUAUUCCAGUCGAUGACCUGGAUAUCUUGCCGGAGUUCUCCGAAGAGCGGGUGUUAGAGACAUUGGAGAAUGGCAUUAAGGAGCAGCGCAGCAUGAGGAGCCAUAAAAAUAUCAAGAUCAGCGAAGUCACUGCCUCAUCCACAGAUCCUCGCAUGGCCAGGGACCCCAGAGCCGUAGGGUGUUUCCACCGUUUAGAGGCUAAAGAAACGGCGUCUGAAUUUUCAUCUCCCGGGUACCCAAUCGGCUACCCCCCAAAGUCCCGGUGCCAAUGGCAGAUCCGAGCCGCAGAGAACCACAUCAUUUCUCUCAGUUUCCCUUUCUUCCACAUUGAGGAUGACUGCUCUGAUGACUUUGUCUUCAUCUAUGAUUCUUUGAGUCCAGAUGAUUCUCAGGCCAUCACAGAGAAGUGUGGUCAGAGGCCCCCCUCCAAUCCUCUGGAGGUGGUGUCGUCUGGAAACAUCAUGCUCAUCAACUUGAUUACUGACAGUGAUGUCCAGCGACCUGGCUUUCAGGCCAAGUAUAAAGCCAUCCCAAUAGCUCAAGUAAAAACCUGUGGUGGCACCAUCACUAACGGCACAGGAGUCAUCACUUCCCCACUUCACCCCAGCUUCUAUCCCCCUGCCAUGGACUGCAAGUGGACUAUUAAGGUCCCUGCUGGCAAAAAGGUGCGGGUGAAGUUCACCAUGUUCCGCAUGAAAGAGCCUCAGGUGGAUGUCCGUGUGUGUCACAAAGACUAUGUGGAGGUUAUGGGUACCAAGUAUUGUGGAGAGAUGUCCUCUUUGGCUUUGACUAGUCAGACCAACGUCCUAGAUGUGAUCUUCCACUCUGAUGAGUCUUACACUGACAAAGGCUUCAGAGCUGAGUACAGUGCCUACGAUCCCACAGACCCUUGUCCCAACAAGUUUGCCUGCAACUCCGGUAUCUGCAUCGGGAAAGAACUGAAGUGUGAUGGCUGGAAUGACUGCGGAGAUAUGAGCGACGAGAUGAAGUGCAACUGUGAGGAGGAUCAGUUUUCUUGUACAAAUGGCCUGUGCAAACCGAAAAUGUGGGUGUGUGAUCGUGUCAACGAUUGCGGAGACGGCAGCGAUGAGAAACGGUGCAGUUGUGAUGAGAACGAGUGGCGCUGUGGGAAUGGGGUUUGUCUGCCUCAGGAUGUUGUGUGUAACAAUAAGAAGGACUGCGAAGAUGGAAGUGAUGAAGCCUCUUGUAAAACCUCGCCGGGCAUCUGCUCUGACUUCAGCUUCAAGUGUAACAACGGUGACUGUGUCAACAAGGUGAACGCUGAAUGUGACCACGUCAACGACUGCUCUGACAAAUCAGAUGAGGCUACCUGUAAUUGUGGCACCAGGCCCUAUAAGCUGAACCGCAUCGUAGGAGGGCAGAAUGCUGACCUCGGGGAAUGGCCCUGGCAGGUCAGCCUUCACUUCCUGACAUAUGGGCAUGUUUGUGGUGCCUCAAUCCUCUCGGAAAAGUGGCUCCUUUCGGCGGCCCACUGCUUUGUCACCCACGACCAAGCGAACCAUCUUGCAAGCAACUGGCAAACCUACAGUGGCAUGCAGGACCAGUACAAGCAGGAAGAUGUACAACGCCGCCCAGUAAAGAAGAUCAUCAGCCACCCGGAUUACAACCGCAUGAACUUUGACUAUGACAUUGCAUUACUGGAGCUCUCCGAGCCGCUAAAGUUCACUAACACCAUCCAACCCAUCUGCCUACCCUCUUCCUCCCACGUCUUCCCUGCAGGCAUGGUCUGCUGGGUCACUGGCUGGGGCACGGUCCGAGAAGGAGGUCAAAAGGCACAGAUUCUGCAAAAAGCUUCGCUGAAAAUCAUCAAUGACACGGUGUGUAACACGGUCAUGGAGGGCCAGGUCACCUCCAGGAUGCUCUGCAGCGGAUUCUUGGCAGGAGGAGUUGAUGCAUGCCAGGGAGACUCCGGUGGCCCCCUGGUGUGUUUUGAGGAGAGUGGGAAGUGGUUCCAGGCCGGCAUUGUGAGCUGGGGUGAGGGCUGUGCUCGUCGGAACAAGCCCGGUGUCUACUCCCGCGUCACCAAGUUCAGAGAGUGGAUCAAGAAGGAGACAGGUGUUUGAGGUUGUGAGGAACAGUGUGGGAUGCAGGGGGGGAACAGCGUCAUAGUGCUAAAAAACAUGGAGAUGGAACAUUUGAGUCUGAUCAAGGACAAGUCUCUCCAGGAUGUAUUCAUUUAGCAGCAGACUCACACUGAGGAGACUGUUGCAUGGACCCAGCUACUCAGAUGAAUGACACAAAUUUUGUAUAGUUUUUAAGGGCAUAAAUCAGUGCAUUGUCUUUUACCCACAUCAAUGAUGUCAUGUUUCACUUGGCUUUUAAAAAAAAAAUAAUAAUAAUUUUAAUUUGUUGUUUAGUGCCAAGAAAAAGUAAAAUCCUUUAACUUAGUAUUAUGUAUUUCUUGAAGGUGAGAUGUCUUUCUGUUUUUGGACGGCAGUUAAUUUUGCACUUUGCCAGUGGCUCAUGCUGUAGAUAGCUUUAAAUUUGGAGUUUUAUGUAUAAUAAUAAUAAUAAUAAUGUUAGUUUUUGGCCUGUUUGCUACAAGACACUCAGACAUUACUGCUGAUUAUUUCCAAAGCUUAGCAUAGUUUCUACUAGGCAGCCAUUAGUUUCACUUUUUAUCAGUAUGUUAUAAAUUUCAACUUGCCGAGACAACUGCAUUACCAUGUGAUGAUAAUGCAAGUUUGACAAAAAAAACUAAAUUGCUUAAAUCUCUGAAAGGGCAUUUUCAUAUUAAAAUUAAAUGAAUGAAAAGCUGUAGCUGUCUGUAAGGUAUAAAAUGCAUUAAUCAAUCUAAAAGCCCAUGGUUUGCUUUGGAAAAUCGCCAGCAGUAAUGUUAAUUAUACCAGACUUGUAGUUUGUGGGCAAAAAAAACAGCAAAAACAGCAGCAUGAUCCUUAAAGAAUCCAUAGGGAUUCUUAAGUUGUUUUAAGUUAUUGUUGAUCUUAACACGGGUUUUGAGUAUUUCUGUUUUAUAUUUACAGAUACUUACUGGUAUUGCCAGGUCUGUGAAUGAUUUGCCAAAAUGUUAUAUUCAGAAACGCGGUGGAGGACGAGGAGAGCUGAGAUCUAGUUGGCUAUUGCACAGGUCUCCAGUUAAGUCAGGGUGAUUGGGGUCAGCCAUACACUGAAGCAAAUCAAAGUGUCUUCUCUUCAGCCAUGACCAGCUCAAUCACCUUUUUAAUCUAAGAUUUGACUAGAUGGCUUCUUUUACACCUUUUGACUUCAUAUCUGACUUAUCCUGUAAAUAUUAAAUCCCAGAUAAGUAAACCAAAGAUUUGAAUAAGUAUUAUUUAUCGAAAGAGGAAAAAAUAAGACGAAAAGUGUAAUGAGGAUGUUGCUCAGUGGACCUUUUUUUUAUUGAUUAGUUUUAUUUAUUACAGUUAAACAUCGCAAGUCUAAAUAAAAAGUCUAAAAAGUAUAG